CAUUGGUUGCGCGGCAGAGCUGGCCGCGUUCUUCCCGUUCUCGCCCAUUCCUUGUCUUCCCGGCACAGCUACAGGGCGUCGGUGGUUCCAGUGGCCGCGUGAGAGCCGAGAAAGAAUCGUCGCUGCCAUGAACAUCCGGAAUGCGCGGCCGGAAGACCUGAUGAACAUGCAGCACUGCAACCUCCUUUGCUUGCCGGAGAACUAUCAAAUGAAAUACUACUUCUAUCAUGGACUCUCCUGGCCUCAGCUCUCGUAUAUUGCCGAGGAUGAGAACGGCAAGAUUGUGGGAUAUGUGCUGGCUAAAAUGGAAGAAGACCCUGAUGACGUUCCCCAUGGACACAUUACAUCCUUGGCGGUCAAGAGGUCCCACCGACGCCUGGGCUUGGCUCAAAAACUGAUGGAUCAAGCCUCGCGUGCCAUGAUUGAGAACUUCAAUGCCAAGUAUGUCUCACUCCAUGUGCGCAAGAGCAACCGGGCGGCCCUACAUCUUUAUUCCAAUACUCUCAAUUUCCAGAUCAGUGAAGUGGAGCCUAAAUACUAUGCUGAUGGGGAAGAUGCAUACGCUAUGAAACGUGACUUGACACAGAUGGCGGAGGAGCUCCGGCGGCAGGUGGAACUGAAAGAGAAGAGCAAGCACUCUGUUCUGGGUUCCAUCGAGAACAAGGGUGGCGACCAUAAGGCCAACCACGUGGGCGACUGCUGCCGGGACGACAAAUGCCCAGGAGCUGUGGCGGGCGGUGGGACCGGGGCUGAAGACAGCGGGGACAGCAAGGACGUCAGUGAGGUCAGCGAAGCCACAGAGAGCACGGAUGUCAAGGACAGCUCAGAAGCAUCUGACUCAGCCUCAUAGCCUCAUUUUCUACUGAUUUUUUUCUCCAGCUGAAGGACUGCUGGUCCUUAAGAGGACUGUGACCCUACAGAUGGAUUGGAAAUAAAGCUUGUGGAACCAA